AUGGUGGUGACGCGUGUGGACUGGAGGCGGGUGGCCGCUGGAUCGGAGACAGAGGCCGUGGCGGCGGAGGUGGAUGCGGCGCUGGCACGCGACGGCCUGCUGCUGUUGGAGAACGUGGUGCCCAGGGAGGAGGCGCAGGCGUUCCUGGCAGCGGCAGAGGCCUUCUUCGCGCAGCCGCGCAGGGCCAAGGACGAGGUGGGCCUGACAAGCAAGGACGGGUUCAUGCGCGGGUACCUCUCGUAUGGCGCGGAGAGCGGGCAGCCAGACCGCAUCUUCGAGCCCAAGGAGGGCUUCUCCUACGGAUACGAGUGGCCCGAGGACAGGCCCGCCAACAACGCGCUGCAGGGGCCCAAUAGGUGGCCGGACGCGAGUGUGUACUCGGAUGCGCAGGGGUUUCGCGCCCGCAUGGGCGGUGUGUUCGACACGAUGACCGCGGUGGCGGCGCGGCUGGUGGAGGUCAUCGGCAUCGCGCUUGGACGCGAUCCGGAGGACAUGCGCGAGGUGUGCAAGGACGGCGACACCAUCUCCUUGCUGCGCGUGUUCCACUACCACCCGGCCUCCGCCAAGCACAAGGCCUGCCUCGGCUCGUCUCCGCACACGGACUGGGGCUUCCUCACCACCAUCCUGCAGGACGACGUGGGCGGGCUGCAGUUCCAGUCCAGCGACGACGGCGCGUGGCACGACGUCCCCUGCGUGCCAGGCAGCCUGGUCAUCAACGGUGGCGACUUCCUGCAGAUCAUCUCGCGCGGGCGGUACAAGUCUCCCGUUCACCGCGUGCUCUGUCCAGAGGCCACACGCACCUCCUUUGUAUUGUUCUACUACCCGGCCUACGACACGCCCAUGGACGCGGCCAUGUUCACGCCCGUCUCCAAGGACUACAACACAUUCCUUGAGAUUGGCGACAGGGACAAGGGAAAGCAGGAACAAGGGAAGAACACGCGUGGCAGCAGCAAUGACGGUGAUAGUGGUGAUGAUGCUGAUGAUGGUGGCAGAAGUGGUGGUGAUGGCGGCGAUGCUGGUGACGGCAGUGGAGAGGGUAACAAGAAGCCUUCUUGCUUUGGAGACUACAUCUGCCUCAAAUGGCAGCAAGUGCAGGCAUACUGA